AUCUGUCAGCAGGGAAUUGACGGCCCCCAGUUGGAGUUGUGGGUAUCCAAAAGAUCGAUCUUAGUAUCCUUGUCUUCUCUUUGGAACAUUCAUACGCACCAUUUCCAGUGUCUUUUUGGCCGCCAUUAGAGAUCAUUUUCCGGAGCCAUUACUUUACUCUUCUUUUAAGUCUUUCUGCUACUUGCCUCUCUGAGCCUGAGGCAUAUCUUUCUGAAGCAAAGUCCGCCACCCUCCCUUUCCUUUUCUUUUCACUACAGUCGCGAAACCCCAUUUUUGUACUAUGGCUACCUUUUUCACCCUGAUGUUAAUGGCCGUUCGAUCUCACUUUUGAGUUGCGUGAUCCCAGAAAAAGAACCCCAUUUGCUGGAUUAGCUUCAGCUUCUCUGUUUCGUUGUUUUUGAAGACCAUGCACUCUUCAAUGAGAUUAGAUUCAGCCGUAUUUCAGCUUACUCCCACUCGAACCAGGUGUGACUUGGUUAUAAUUGUGAAUGGAAAGAAAGAGAAGAUUGCUUCGGGCUUGCUUGAUCCAUUUUUAUCCCACUUGAAGGCUGCUAAAGAUCAGAUGGCCAAAGGGGGCUAUUCAAUUAUUCUUGAGCCCGACCAUGAUGGUGCCUCCUGGUUUACUAGAGGAACUAUAGAGAGGUUUGUUCGCUUUGUGAGCACUCCUGAGAUACUGGAACGUGUUUAUACUAUAGAAUCUGAGAUUUUACAAAUUGAAGAGGCCAUUGCAAUUCAAGGCGGUACCACUAUAGGGAUUAGCUCUCAGGAAGAAAACCAAGUAAAACAUGCGGAGAAUACUGAAGGUGCUUCCGAAAGAACAACCAGCAAAAAUCUGCAGGACACUAAUGAGGAGAAAGCUAUUGUACUUUACAAGCAGCCUGAAGCACAGCCACCUGAAGCAAAUGGAACCACUCAGUCAGAAGGAAAUUCCAAAGUUCAACUUUUGAAAGUGCUGGAGACUCGAAAAUCAGUGCUUCAGAAAGAGCAAGGCAUGGCCUUUGCACGUGCUGUUGCUGCUGGUUUAGACAUUGAUUGCCUGCCUGCUUUGAUGUCAUUUGCUGAGUGCUUUGGAGCAUCUCGCAUGAUGGAUGCAUGUAAAAAGUUUAUGGAUCUCUGGAAACGAAAACAUGAAAGCGGUCAGUGGCUUGAAAUUGAAGCUUCUGAAGCAAUUCGCAACCGCUUGGACUUCUCCCCUGUAAAUACAUCAGGGAUUAUACUUUCCAGCAUGGCUGCUGCAUCUCACACUGAGCUGGACUCCGAAAAUAAUGGGAAAGCAAGUGCAGAUGUGCCUCCAGUGGACUGUCAACCAUCUGCUGGCCACCAAGAAAAUAUUCAAGGCCAAUUUCCACAUCAUAUGUACCCUUCUUGGCCUAUCAAUUCUCCCCCAGGCACUGUGCCAGUCUUUCAGCCAUAUCCAAUGCAAGGCAUGCCCUACUAUCAGAAUUAUCCAGGAACACCAUAUAUGCAGCCAAUUUAUUCACCUGUGGAGGAUCCCAGACUGAAGUCUGGUCAAAAUAUGGGGCGUAGAAGGCAUUCCAUGGAUGGUAGGUACAACAAUACUGAAUCAGAACCUUGGGAUGAGCUGAACAUUGAAGGAGAGUGUUCACAGACGGGAGAACGACAGAAGAAGUCUAGCCGAUCAGGUAGACAGAAAUCUGGCACGGUGGUGAUUCGAAACAUCAAUUACAUUACAAAGACAGAGAACUCUUCUGGCAGUGGAUCAGAUUCAGAUUCUGGCUCUGAAAACAAUGAAGAUAGGGAUACUCAUGAGUAUGUGAAAAACCCAAAAAGAAGAGGAAGUGGUAAAGAAUCCUUCAAGAGGUUGAAUUCAUCUGACAGGGAAGAAGUAGAGCUUGGGAAUGAUGCAGAUGGAGGACACUGGCAAGCAUUCCAAAAUUGUUUACUGAGGGAUGUUGAUGAAGAUAGACAUGCGAUUGACCAAGACCAGUUUGAAGUGGGAAAGGGGGAUCAUCUGAGGAGGAAAAAACAUAUUGCAGUUAAUGAUCCUUUAGUUUCUAGUGAGCAAAAUAGGCAUGAAAUUCAAGGUGGUGAUUCUAUAGAUAUGCAUGCCAUCAGCAGGGGAUUAACCCACAUGCCAAAGACAGCAAAUGAUGAAGUUUUGUUAUCUAGGCGGGCAACCCAGUCUGGUGGUGGCAUGUCCCUGGAUGAUGUGCAGUCUUCAGAAAUUGAUGGCAGAAGGGUUGUCUAUAGGAGGACUGCCAAUGAUGAUUUCAUCAUUCUUAAACAGGAAAGUCAGUCUGGUAAUGCACAUCCUUCCUCAGAUUUGGAAGCGGUCAAUGGACUAGGUUAUUCAAACAAUAAUUUGGAGAGGAAGUCAUUGCGUGAUAUGAAUGAUGAUUCCUACAUUGUUGAGUAUAGAUCAAUCCAAGUCAGUGGUGCGGGAGACAAUGAAAGAAAAGCUAUUGACAUUGACUGUGAGUUGCCUAUGGUGCAUCAGAAGGCAGAAAGAUUGUCUAGCGAGUUAAGGAACCAUAGCAAUUAUCAGCCAGAUGAAUUGAGUUUGAUGCCUGAACGAGGUUCUGAGAGGGGGUCAUUGGGCUAUGAUCCUGCUUUAGACUAUGAAAUGGAGGCUCGGGCUGAAGUUGAUACGUCACGAGCUAAGAAUAAAGAGUUAUCUGCUGACACCAAACCAGGAUCUAAGAGAUUGGAAAAGGAGCAGAAGUCAAAACUUACUCUAAAUAGUUCUGAUAGGAAGAAGAAUGUGGGGCCAAUAAGAAGAGGGAAGAACUCAAAAUUGAGUCCUCUAGAUGAAGCUAGAGCACGUGCUGAGAAGCUACGAAACUACAAAGCUGAUCUCCAAAAAAUGAAGAAAGAGAAGGAGGAAGAAGAGCUUAAACGACUUGAAGCUUUAAAGAUAGAGAGGCAAAAGAGAAUUGCUGCCAGAAGCGGCUCAAUCCCUGCACAGUCAACUAUGCCAUCACCACUGACCAACAAACGGCUUCCUACAAAACUUUCGCCAAGUUCUCAUAAAGGUUCAAAAUUUAGUGAUACUGAGCCAGGAUCAUCCUCACCGUUACAAAGGUUGCCUGUCAAAACUGCUUCUGUUGGAUCUAAUGAUUCAAAAGCCUCAAAAUCCAGCAGAUUGAAUGUUGGAAGCCACUCAAUUGAAAACAGUUUAAGCCGAUCGGUGCCAUCACUCCCUGGAUCCAAGCAAGAGAAGGGAGGUGAUAUAGCUGAUACUAAAGCAUCAAUGGCAAGGAUUAGAAGAUUGUCAGAGCCUAAAAUGAGUACCGUCCGUCAAAAUUCUACAGUUAAACCACAGAGUACUGCAACAAUAUCAAGGACCAAAGCGGCUGAUGGAACUGAGAUCAAAAAGAUUUCUGCCAUUGUUAAUCAUGAUAAAAACAAGACUGCAACCCUCCCUGAAUUGAAAGUUAGAACAGAUAAAGCAACUAACGUUGCCCAUAAUAGGUCAUCAGUCAAAGAGAAGACUCAGAAGUUAAAUGGUGACAAGACUUCUUUAAACUUGGAAGGUGCCGUGCCAAAGAAAUCUGUCAAUAUAGAUUCAUCCCAUGCUAAUGAAGAUGAUAAUACCAUCAUUGAGAAGUCUGUUGUGGUGCUCGAGCGUGAAAAACCUUCUGCCCCAGCUGUACCUGUGUCUGAAGAAAAAGUUGGGGUGCAGGUGUCAGAGAAAGAGAAACGGUGUGAUAAUUGUGAAGCGGCAGAGAAAACUGAGACUGUGUCCGAUUAUGUUGCUAUUCGUUCACCAGUUUCCUCAAACAUGGACAUAGUAAAUAGAGAAAUCACAGAAAACCAAGCACAACGACAACCCAUAUCUACUGAGGUCAAAUUGGAUGGUGUUAAGAAAGGACCUUCAAACAUUGGUAUUGAUAAGGAAACAUACCAUGCUCCAUAUGCUCGAGUUUCUUCAAUGGAAGAUCCUUGCCAAGGAAAUUCUGAGUAUGGCAAAGCACCCCCAGCAAACUCAGAGAUUGCUCCUUUUGUUACGGAGACUGUUAGAGCACAUGGAUCUGACUCCAGAAGCUCAACACUUGAGAAGAUUCCUGAAGUAGUUGAGAAGCCUCAGGUAAAAGAAUCAUCAAAAGGUUUUAGACGUCUAUUGAAGUUUGGAAGAAAGAAUCAUAGCUCAGCUACUUCUGGACCCAGUGUGGAAUCAGAUAAUGCAAGCAUCGACAGUUCUGAAGCAGAUGAGAUUAGGACAAACGGUUCUUCUAAAGAAGCUUAUACUUUAAAGAAUUUAAUAUCUCAGGAUGAAACUUCCACUGCCAACACAACUCCGCAGAAGUCGUCUCGUUCGUUCUCCUUGUUGUCACCCUUCCGAAGCAAGAAUAGUGAAAAGAAGGUGAUGAUGGCCUGAUAGUGACAGUUUUAUACUUGCGAGAUUGAUGCGGCGACAAACCGAAAGUCUUGCUGUUUUAUCUUUGUACAUUCUUGUUUGAUUGGUUUGGCCCGAAAAGAAAAUGCCUCAUUGUUGAUAUGUGAAUUGUGUUUAUUAGAACUUUUAACUGGUCAUAUAAUGGACAAUAGAUGAUGUUUCAAAUAUUCGAUCAGAAAUGAGGUUUGACAAGUUUGGCUUGA